CUUUCACCCUUUCGCUGUUCUUGCAUUCGGCGUCGGUGGGAUUGCUGGACGGCACCGGUUGAGGCUCUAGUUACGGUCAGCCGCGCCGAUCCAACUUUGGGGCCAAGAAAUUUGGAAAGCGCUCUUUUUUCACGACGCGUUUUUAGCCGGAUCCGGCGCCGUCGCUCUUUGGAUUGACGCUCCCAUGGUGGCGAACAGUGCCCCGAGGACAGAUCUGGCACUGUGACGAGUAGGAUAGGUCUCCUACGGCGUCGACCGAUGCCUGGAGGAAAGAUCCUGUCUCCUUGCCGUGCUUAUCACUUUAGGCUCCAAUUGACUCUUCCAUGAUGACUACCGUUGAACUGGAAGAUAGAUCCGGCAUCGUGCGAAAUCUGAUACAAAUAGAGCACCGAAGUGGCGCUAUGUUUCCUACUAUUACACAGCGGCCAUCAUUGUUCUGCUCGCCAACCAGUGUUUCUACGAGGCAGUGGCCGUACCGCCGUACCUUGGAUCUGCGGCAUCUGUCCUUUUGAAUUUUAAAGGGAGGGCAUGCACUCAGAAUUCAAACCACAAUGAGGCGUUUUGGAGGUUCUGGCACCUAGGUAGAGUUCAUAUGGAGAGGUACCUGAAGGAAGUUACAAAUAUCAGAGAUAGAAGAGUUGAGGAAAAAUGCAUAUGAUAACUCUAGUAUCUACAAAACUAAAUUGAAAGCAGCUCAUGACAAGCAGAUCCUAAGAAAGAACUUUGAGCCAAAUCAAAAAGUGCAUCUUUAUGAUUCUCAUUUACAUCUCCAUCCGAGAAAGCUAAGAUCUAGAUGGACAGGUCCAUUUGUGGUGAAACGAGUUUUUCUUAAUCUUGCGGUUGAGAUUGAGGAUCCAAUCGAUGGGAGAAUUUUUUGAGUUAAUGGAAUAUGGUUGAAGUAGUAUGUGGAGCAAGUAGACCAACCCGAGGAAAUCGUUCUUGUGACUCCAAUCUAUGAUACUUAAUCAGGUUCUAUCUUUCCAUAAUAUCAUUUUUUUUCUUUCUUUUCUUCUAUUUGUUUUUGCUUUUAUUUAGUAGCUUAUCUUUUAUUAGGUUAGGUUUCUAUGUUUCUUUCCAUAGCUAUUACUAUUGUAGGUUUACUUUUAUUUCUUUUAUUCUAUGCCAGUGAGGACACUGUCUCAUUUAGGUUGGGGGUGGUUGCACUGCAUGCACAUUUUAUGCACACUUUUGAUAUACAUUCUCUUCCAAAAAAGGAGAUAAAAAAAAAAAGGAACAACACCUUGCUUAUUCCUUUUACUUUGGUAAUUGUUGUGUGAAAGGGUUUAUUUAUGCUUUUCUACCUAGGUAUGAUUUCAAAAUUACUUGUUUAAGUCACUUUCUCUAUCUUGAUUAUUAAAGAGUAACUUCUAACUAGACUGUCACCUUUAGGUUUAAUUGCAUGCAAUUUCGAACUUUAUCUCCUUUAUUUCUGAAUUUGUUAAAUUGCUUACUUGCUCCCACAGGACCGUCAAUGAUGGUUUGUGACUUGUGAGCCAUUUUCUAAAGACCUAUAGACGGAUUACAAUGGGCCAUUUUCACAGAUUCUGUUGAGCCACUGCCUUAAUGGAGAUGAUUUUUGCUUGAUGUGUGGAGCUCUAGAAAUAAAUGUGAAAUUUUGUAAUUUUAGGUCUCUCCCUUUUUUUGUUUUGUUUUGUUUUAUUAUUUUCUAAGUUUGUAAAUGGCCAUUAUUAAUUUUCUAAAAGUAGUAUAUCAAAAAUACCAAGUGUAUAAAGUUGGAAUACUAUUGCAUCCUUUGUUUGGUGAGGUGGGAGGGCUAAAAAAUUUGGCAUGGUGAGCUGGAAUUACUCCAGGCAGUCUUGGAUGUAAUUGAGUUUGCAAAUUGAUGUACACUAAGAGCCCGUUUGGUUGGCCGGAAAUUAGAUUUCGGGGGACCUCACUGUAUAAAGUUCACCAUUAUUU